GAAGCGUCGCGACCGGCGAAUCCCGCGGCGACAGGUGGAGGCGCGCGGCGAGCAUGCGGGGCGGCGGGCGGCGGGCGGCGCGCGGCGCGGUCGUUCCCCCGCGGCGGUGGGCGCCGUAGCGCGGCGUCGAGUGUCGGCGGCGCCAUGUGGAGCGGCCGCAGCUCCUUCACCAGCCUGGCGGUGGGCGUGUUCGUGGUGUACGUGGCGCACACCUGCUGGGUCAUGUACGGCAUCGUGUACACGCGCCCGUGCGCCGCGCCCGCCAACUGCAUCCUGCCCUACCUGGCGCGCCGGCCCAAGCUGCAGCUCAGCGUCUACACCACCACCCGCUCCCACCUGGGCACGGAGAACAACGUGGACCUGGUUCUGAACGUGGAGGACUUCGACGUGGCGUCCAAGUUCGAGAGGACCGUCAACGUGUCCGUGCCCAAGAAGACGCGGGACAAUGGCACGCUGUACGCCUACAUCUUCCUGCACCACGCAGGCGUCCUGCCGUGGCACGACGGCAAGCAGGUGCACCUGGUCAGCCCGCUCACCACUUACAUGGUCCCCAAGCCCGAGGAGGUGAGCCUGCUCACAGGCGGGCCUGCCACAGAGCAGAUCGAGGCCGGGAAGAAGCCGCCCAGCGCUCUGGACGAGCCCGUGUCACACUGGAGGCCCAGGCUGACGCUCAACGUCAUGGUGGACGACUUCGCCUUCGAUGGCGCAGCCCUGCCCGCCGACGUGCACCGCUACAUGAAGAUGGUGCAACUGGGGAAGACGGUGCAUUACCUCCCAAUCCUGUUCAUCGACCAGCUCAGCAACCGGGUGAAGGACCUCAUGGUCAUCCACCACUCGAGCACCGAGCUGCCACUGACCGUGGCCUACGACAGCAUCUCACUGGGCCGCCUGCGCUUCUGGAUCCAUAUGCAGGAUGCCGUGUACUCGCUGCAGCAGCUCGGCUUCUCGGAGAAGGAUGCGGACGAGGUGAAGGGCAUCUUUGUGGACACCAACCUCUACUUCCUGGCCCUGACCUUCUUUGUUGCUGCGUUUCACCUGCUCUUUGACUUCCUGGCGUUUAAGAAUGACAUCAGCUUCUGGAAGAAGAAGAAGAGCAUGAUUGGGAUGUCCACGAAGGCAGUGCUCUGGCGCUGCUUCAGCACCGUGGUCAUCUUCCUGUUCCUGCUGGAUGAGCAGACGAGCCUGCUGGUGCUGGUCCCCGCGGGCAUCGGCGCUGCCAUCGAGCUGUGGAAGGUGAAGAAGGCCUUGAAGAUGACAGUGGCAUGGAGGGGCCUAAGGCCCCAGUUCCAGUUUGGCACGUCCAGUGAGUCCGAGCGGCGGACGGAGGAGUAUGACACUCAGGCCAUGAAGUACCUGUCCUACCUGCUCUACCCUCUGUGCAUCGCGGGCGCCGGCUACUCGCUGCUCAACGUCAAGUACAAGAGCUGGUACUCAUGGCUCAUCAACAGCUUCGUCAAUGGGGUCUACGCGUUCGGCUUCCUCUUCAUGCUGCCGCAGCUCUUCGUCAACUACAAGAUGAAGUCGGUGGCACACCUGCCCUGGAAAGCUUUUACCUACAAGGCCUUCAACACCUUCAUCGACGACGUCUUCGCCUUCAUCAUCACCAUGCCCACCUCGCACCGGCUGGCCUGCUUCAGGGACGAUGUGGUGUUCCUCGUGUACCUCUACCAGCGCUGGCUUUAUCCCGUGGAUAAGAGCAGAGUGAAUGAGUUCGGGGAAUCCUACGCCGAGAAGCCCCAGCAGAAGCCUCAUGGGGACUGAGCGGAGCCGGGGCUGGACAGCAGGGCCUUUCCGCACGCUCGGGCAGGUUUCCCGGGCGUCCCGUCUGCAUUGCCAAAACCUCCGACCACUUCUCGCUGUCUUUGAGGCCACCGGUUGGAGGGCCCGCUGCGGCCAGGCCAGGCGCCGCGGGCACCGCUCCCCUGGACCCUCCCGCCUCAGACGCCUCCACGUCCAUCCCGGGGACUCGGUCAAACGGCUGUUUCCUUUUAGUUUAAAAUAAGAUUGUUUUCAAGCUUAA